AUGAACAGCGAUGAGAGUAAUAGUGAGCGCGAGCGCGAGUUUGAGAUCAACUGCAAGGCUCGCGCAAGAAUGGGAGCUGCUAUCGAAGCAUGGCUUUCUGGUGUCAGACCGGCUACUCCCCCGCCGGAGGACCCGCUGCCACGAGGCCGUCAGAAAUUGCCUGGUGAUAUUUUCUUCAUCGUCGCCACCUACCUGAAACGGCCUAGAGAUAUCUACCACUUGCUGUUGUGCUCUCGAGAGAUGUACUUGUGCUUGAGGACGCAGCUGCUCAAGACUGACGUCGGCUUCGACAAAACAUCUAUCGGAAAGCACACUCAGAGGGGCUGUACAUCGGCCUUGGUGUGGUCGAUUGAGCGAGGCGUGACCGAGAACAUCAUACCGCUCAUCAAGAAGGCUUGGAUGACCAGAAACAAAGACUACCUUAACGGAAUGUCCUACCGAAGCAAACGGAUCAAAUCGAUCUCCCCUCUGCACGCUGCUGUCUUGAAGGGUGACCUCAAGACCGUCAAACUCCUAGUGAGAUCUGGCUGUGAUCUGAACAUCAUGUACAUCGGCCCUCCUGCUCUCUUCCUCACCUGCAGUCAUGGUGCGCACUACGACUGUAGAAGACCCAACAACCAGUGCAAGAGUGCCGUGACCAUGGCUAUCGAAGGCAAUCAUAUGCGAAUCACCUCAUUCCUUCUUCGACAACGCGGCAUCAGACUCGACCACGGCGUCACCGCACUGCAUGCCGCAGUCUUGGCUCAGCAACCCCGUGUCGUGCAGCGACUGUUGGAUAUGGGACAGAACCCGAAUCGCUACACGGCAAAUCAGCACCUCCAGAACUUCACGGCGCUUCAACUUGCUGUGAGCGUUGGCGAUGACAAUUCCGAGAUCAUCGAGAUGUUGUGCGAGGCAGGCGCAAACAUGGAGGUCAUUGAUCAGAGACAUCGAACACCGCUUCGCUGGGCAAUCGUCAGAAACCGCCGAAAGCAUGCAGCUACGUUGGUGGCUUGCGGAGCUGCGACGGACGAUUUCACUCUCUGGAGUAAAGACAAAGAGCUGCUGAAGCAGUGGAUCGGAACCCUUCCAACUUGA